CGUGACCGACACGAGGGCGCGGCUUCAGCUAACCGAGCAGGAAGCUAGAAGUGACGUCACUUUCCAGAAGUCCCCUUCAGGUUUCAGUGACGAAGAAACGGAAAAAUAAGCGAGGUCGCUGUUUUCUGAGAGUCGCUACUGCUCCAGCUCACGUCCACACUCACCUUUUACAGCAUGUCUCUGUAUCCAUCCCUGGAGGACCUGAAGGUCGACAAGGUCAUCAAAGCUCAGGCCCAGUUUGCCCAGACCACCGCUCCGAUGCCGGCCAUCACUGAGGGACCCUACCAGCCCGAGUCUGCUGCUGCUGCUGCGAUGCCAGGAUCCAGUUUGUAUCCCAACCUGCAGGAGCUUGGAGACUACAUGGGGCUGUCCCUCAACAGCGAAGAAGUCCAGAGGAACCUGGCCUUGGUGCCCAUGGCCGACAACCAGGUGGCCGUGCCCUCCGUGUCCGGGGUCGGGGCGAUGGUUCGACCCGUGACAGGGGCAGACAUCGGCAUCAGGAGGGCAGAGAUCCGCCCGGGGCUUCGAGAGGUCAUCCUCUGUAAGGAUCAGGAUGGGAAGGUGGGACUGCGGAUCAGGACCAUCGACAACGGUCUGUUCGUCCAGCUGGUCCAGGCCAACUCCCCCGCCGCUCUGGUCGGGCUGCGCUUCGGGGACCAGGUCCUCCAGAUCAACGGGCAGAACUGCGCCGGCUGGAGCGCAGACAAGGCCCACAAGGCUCUGAAAGCUGCAGCGGAGACCCGCAUCGAGAUGGUGGUCAGGGACAGACCGUUUCAGCGCACCAUCACCAUGCACAAGGACAGCUCGGGCCACGUGGGCUUCAUCUACAAGUCUGGGAAGAUCACCUCCCUGGUGAAGGACAGCUCCGCUGCUCGUAACGGCCUCCUGACCGAACAUUACAUCUGUGAGAUCAACGGGCAGAACGUCAUCGGGCUCAAGGAUUCCCAGAUUAAGGACAUUCUGAACACUUCUCCGACCGCCAUGACCAUCACCAUCAUGCCCAAGUUCAUCUAUGAACACAUGAUUAAAAGGAUGUCCACCGGGCUCCUGCGGUCGGCCAUGGAUCAUUCCGUCCCAGAGGUGUGAGAUCCGGAGGUGGAGCUGAAAUCUGUCUGGAUGUCGACAAACAGGCUCUUCGUCCUUUCCUAAAUCCUUCUGUCCUCAUAUAAAAACACCUCAUAACGUCCAUCAGUGUAACCCUUUUAAAUGUCUUUUUAUUCUCGACCUUUUUUAUCAUCAGUCUGAACGUUAGUUCUGUUUAUUCCUUAACCCUUUAGUCUCUUCCUGUUUUUUUAUAUAAAAGAUCAAAAAUAAUCACUUUUGCUUUCUUCAAGAAAAAAUGCACAAACUAUCAUGAGUCCGGCGCUUCCUCCUCAGCGUGGAGACGAGUCGGAGACCUUCUCUUAAUGCUGUAAAAGCUGGUUGGCAGCUCACUUCCUGCACACGUCCUUUGUAAAUAAUCUGGGCUCAGAUUAAACCCCAACAGCAACAAAAACCCCAACCUGAGCGUUAUCAGCGCACAGCCCUUAAGCCUGGCCAGUGGGCCGGCUGCGGUCACGGGAAUGGCGUGUGUUUUCAUGUUUGUAGUUCUCCACACCCUCCAGCAGAUGGCGGUCUUGUACAACACCAACCUCUGAUGUUUGCACAUUCCAGGGGAAAGAGUCCCAUAAAAUCCAGAGCACAUGAUUGGACAGGCCGUUUGUUUGGCCGUGUGUUUGAGGGAAUCGUUGGUGUUAUUUCAAAAGGGGGCUCGACCCGGGCCGACCCGCUAAGUGCACUUUUCACUACCUUACGAGAGGUCGUCGUUCCUGGAUCUGUGUUUGCGGUGCCUCGUGUUAACGAGAGAGCUCGCUAGAGAAACUCGUGUGUCAGACACAGAAAAUGGCUGAAUUAUGAUGCUGAACUCCUGAGUUUAGAUGCUGUCCGAGGCCUUUCCCGCCUUCGUUUCCUCCUCUUGGUGAGCACAGUGAGACUAAGCAAAGCUUACACUUGUGAAUUUCUACUUGUCCUCCUUCUGUUGCUGUUCAUCUUCGGAUGCAUGUACUCCUAGUUUUCUGUUUGAAAUCUGAUUCGAUGCUGUCGUUCUGUAAAAAAUCUUAGCAAAUCUUAAAGUUUAUAUACGAAUGAAACCAAGAUAAUAUUGUAAAACAAAUAAAGUCUUUCUGUUCA